CUCCGGUGCGGAUCGUUUCGCAACUGCUCGCCGCUCGCCCCGUACCCGGCUGUUUUUCCAUUUCCCGGUCCCUCUUCUUGAGUACUUUGCCCCUGCAUUUGAGGAGAGGGGCUGGAAAGGGGGCGGGUGGAACGACCGGAGGAGAAGAAGGAAGCGAGGCCCGGAGGAGGAGGAGGAGGAGGAGGAUCGGCGGACCGUAGGGAGGAGACCCCACGCCACCCUUUCUGGUCAUCUCCCCUCCCGCCCCGCCCCUGCGCAUACGCCCUCGCCGGCGAGCUACUUUCGGACGAGGAAAGUGAGGGCGGCCCUGGGUGACAGCGCCGCGGGACUAGUCCUGGGGAAGCCGCGCGUCUGCUCGCGUCUUGUCCGCCGCGCUCCCAGCCAGGGGUACAGCCCGGACCGAGGAUGGCUUCGACUACAACCUGUACCAGGUUCACGGACGAGUAUCAGCUUUUCGAGGAGCUCGGAAAGGGGGCAUUCUCAGUGGUGAGAAGAUGUAUGAAAAUCCCUACUGGACAAGAAUAUGCUGCCAAAAUUAUCAACACCAAAAAGCUUUCUGCUAGGGAUCAUCAGAAACUGGAAAGGGAAGCUAGAAUCUGCCGUCUUUUGAAGCACCCCAAUAUUGUGCGACUUCACGACAGCAUAUCGGAAGAGGGCUUCCAUUACUUGGUGUUUGAUUUAGUUACUGGAGGUGAACUGUUUGAAGACAUAGUGGCGAGAGAAUAUUACAGUGAAGCCGACGCCAGUCAUUGUAUACAGCAGAUUCUAGAAAGUGUAAAUCAUUGUCACCUAAAUGGCAUAGUUCACAGGGACCUGAAGCCUGAGAAUUUGCUUUUAGCUAGCAAAUCCAAGGGAGCAGCUGUGAAACUGGCAGACUUUGGCUUAGCCAUAGAAGUUCAAGGAGACCAGCAGGCGUGGUUUGGUUUUGCUGGCACACCUGGAUAUCUUUCUCCAGAAGUUUUACGCAAAGAUCCUUAUGGAAAGCCAGUGGAUAUGUGGGCGUGUGGGGUCAUUCUCUACAUUCUACUGGUUGGAUAUCCACCCUUCUGGGAUGAAGACCAGCACAGACUCUAUCAGCAGAUCAAGGCUGGAGCUUAUGAUUUUCCAUCACCAGAGUGGGACACAGUGACUCCUGAAGCCAAAGACCUCAUCAAUAAAAUGCUUACUAUCAACCCUGCCAAGCGUAUCACAGCCUCGGAGGCACUGAAACACCCAUGGAUCUGUCAACGUUCUACUGUUGCUUCCAUGAUGCACAGACAGGAGACUGUUGACUGCUUGAAGAAAUUCAAUGCCAGAAGAAAACUGAAGGGUGCCAUCUUGACUACUAUGCUGGCUACGAGGAACUUUUCAGCAGCCAAGAGUUUGUUGAAGAAACCAGAUGGAGUAAAGGAGCCCCAAACUACUGUAAUCCACAACCCUGAUGGAAACAAGGAGUCAACUGAGAGUUCAAAUACAACAAUUGAGGAUGAAGAUGUGAAAGCACGAAAGCAAGAGAUUAUCAAAGUUACUGAACAACUCAUCGAAGCUAUCAACAAUGGGGACUUUGAAGCUUACACGAAAAUCUGUGACCCAGGCCUUACUGCUUUUGAACCUGAAGCUUUGGGUAAUUUAGUGGAAGGGAUGGACUUUCAUCGAUUCUACUUUGAGAAUGCUUUGUCCAAAAACAAUAAACCAAUCCACACUAUUAUCCUGAACCCCCAUGUACAUCUGGUAGGCGAUGAUGCUGCCUGCAUAGCAUACAUUAGGCUCACACAGUACAUGGAUGGCAGCGGAAUGCCAAAAACAAUGCAGUCAGAAGAGACACGUGUGUGGCACCGCCGGGAUGGAAAGUGGCAGAAUGUUCAUUUUCAUCGCUCGGGGUCGCGAACAGUACCCAUCAAGUAAAUAUUUCCAGGCUGUCAGCUUCUUUGUUAAUAUACCCCUGCUAAGUAUCAACAGUGCCACUUCUGCAUUCUCUGUUCUCACCUGGAUGGUAACCCUGGGCCGUCCUCUCCUCCUCUUCAUGCAUGUUUCUGAGUGCAUGAAGUUGUGAAGGUCCUACGUGUAAUGCAUAUGUGAUGCAUCAUCUUGUCAUAUAUUCCUUCCUAUACAUUGUUUACACUUCAAUUAUGGAGAUGUUCCAUGCAAACUUCAAUCACUGUUGGCAAACAAUAGGGGGAGGUCAGACAAAAAAAAUUCCACAAUACUCCAAGUACAAACCUAUUCAUCCAGUUUCUCUGCUUAUGCCAAGACUUAACAGACUUCAAAAUUAUCGUUCUUUGAAUGACAGUUUGUAACAGAAAUGUAAGUUUUUAAAAACUCUUUGCUGUUCAUCUGUUUUAGCUUUUUUGUUUAACAAAAAAAGGCAAAAAAAAUUACCUUCAGUUUCCUGGUGUGAUCCUGGUUGAAAUGGAUGAUUUUUCACUGAAAGCUAUGUUGCUGUUUAACAAUUAAAUGGGUUGAUAUGUGGGCAGAAUCACUUAUGAAUGUGGAAGCGAGAAUCGGUGGGUUUGCUACUACCUAAAGUCAUGUCUUUUUUGGUCAAACUGUGUAAACUGGAAAAACUCACGUCAUUGACGAGUUCGAUCACUUUAGGGUAUACUUGCACUGUUCUGGUGAAAUUUGCUGAAUUGAAUUUUUUGUUCCUUUCUCAAACCUAUGCUCUUUUUUCUUCAUUUUCUCCUAUUUCUUUAUUACUUUUGUUUGCUUCCUUUAUCGUUUUCUGUUUUUCAUUCUUUUUUCUCUUUUUGUCCAGUAGUGUGAGAAAAGUGAAAUUUGCAUAAUGAAGGUAAAAUAAAAACAGGCCUUUUGGAGGUGGCUAAACGAGUGCUUUGAUCAUCUUCUGGGCCCAUAAAAAUGAUGUCAAGAAGAUUUCAAAAGUUUGUAAUUCUGCUCGAGUUGGGACGUAGGGAUCCUAACUAUGUUGGCAGUUAGUUAUUAGAAUUGUUUAAACUUAUAAUAAAAGCAAGUAGGUUCCUACUGUACCUGCGCCACGUCUUACUGAUUGUUGCAGUUGCCAGGAGAGUACCAAGCUGGUCGUGGGGCAGGAUUCUGUGCAAAGGCACUUUCUUCUGCCUUGCAGGAUGCGCACCUCCUGUGUCAUCACUGGCUAGUUUUCUGAAGUUAGAGAGGACUGCAGGUGUUUUCCAUUCUCCUAAGUGUUUGUUUUAAACUCUGUCUCUGUGACUUGUGCUUUUGUAGCUUCUCAUGUGUCAGAAUAACAUUAUCUUCCUUCCAGGAGUUAGCAUUUUCCUAUUUAAAAAAAAGGGGGCGGGAGGGAUUGUCCCUGUUUUCUUCGUGCGUCUCAUUUCUCCUUUGUUUGUUUAUUCAAUUCCUGUGGGGCUUUUUCUCCUCCCUGAAAUGCUUUAUAGUGCAUGGUAUCUUCAUCAACGUUAUUUUAACAAUAGUAAUUCACAAUCCUCAGAAGCCUAUUUUUAAAGCAGAAGCAAAAAUAAAAUACACAAAAAAAAUCAACCCUUCCUCUUUUCUCUCAUUUCACCUUUCUGUGUUGAUUACUAAUCACCUUAGAUAUUGUUGCUAGUGGAUGUAUGGUAGAUGGAUUGAAGCUUUUCUGAUAAUUAUUACACGAUUUAAAACAAUAUAUAUUUAAAAUAAAAUAAAUAUAUACAGUAAAUGUAUUGAGCCAUGUUAACCUGCCAAUGAGAUCUGUGAAAAAGUAAUGGCCUCAUUUUUCCCUUUUUAAUUUCUUUUACCUUUUUGUGCAGCAGCUAUACGUGGCAUACAUGUAUUUUUUUUAAAAAAUAGGUAUAGAGUGGUUUUUUUUUUUUUUUACACUUUUAGCAUGUGGUGUUGAAGUAUUACUGUAGAUCAAGUUUGUCUUCCGCACUAAGACGUGAGGAAAUUGUGAUUUGUUCUCUCCACCACAAUUGAAUUACACAUUUAUUAAUUAUCUUCUCUCAUUUUGAAACACUGCAGUUUACCAUGGGACACUGUAUAUAUUUCUUGCCA